AUGCCCCUUCUUUCGAAGUGCUUCAACUGCCGUAUACAACUUCCAGAGGGAAGCAAUCACCUCCAAUGUCCGAAGUGUGAGAAAAAUGAGAAGAAGUACGGAAAGCCGGUAACUUGUCAAUACUGUAAACUGAACGCUGCAUUCCACGACCAGAAAUGCGUUUGGUGUUCGGAUUCCGAGAGAAAGUUCGGAAACCCUUACGAAUGCACAAAUUGUAAACUCACUUGUGCGUUUCCAAGACGCGAGAGUGACAAAAACGACGAUGUUGCUAAACUAUGCCGAGUAUGCAUUAUGCAAGCUCGCCAAACCAAUCAAACGGUCGUGGCUGGAAUUCCUGUUCCUCCAAACAGGAAAGACAGAUCCAGGGAAGGCUCUUCAUCUGAGCACCGCGAUGACCGUCAUCGUCGCGACUCAUCCCGUCGUCGUAAGGAACGAACAGAACAUCAUAAGAGUGGCGAUAAACGACAUCGCGAUCAAGAUUACAAAGAUCGAGAUCGUGCAAAGAGGCGUCAUCAUGACGAGCCCAUAAAAAACGGAUCGUCGGGUGUUCCACCACUUGCUCCAAAUAAUGAGAAUGGAAACGGUCUCCCACUGUUCGGAGGCCGCGAUAACGGUGAAAACAUGGAGAAGCAGCAAAGAAUGGAAGAAGAGAUUCGUCGCUUGAAGGCUCAGCUAGCUGAAAAGGAGGUGAUGAUUUUCGACAAAGAUAAGGAGAUAAGCAACUUGAAAGCUGACAAAUACAAUUUGGAGAAAAAGCACCGCGAGCGUGUUCAACAACUCGUCAAGGAAAAAGAAGAGAGUAUUCGAGCUAUUGAACUAAUGAGAAACUCAAAGAGUGCUAAGAAAAACUAA